AUGACCAAGUUUAAGAUGAGGGUGCUCCAGCGGUGGCUGCUCUUUGCCCUCUUCAUGCCUCUGUCGAGUGUUGUGUGUUUCAGUGAGUUGUCCUUCAUCACAGAACCCAGUGAUGUUACUGCACUGCCGAAGGACCCCGCUGUCUUGGACUGUCAGGCCCACGGGCAGCCGCCGGUCACUAUCAGGUGGCUGAAGAACGGACUACGGUUGGGAGAAAGCGAGCACAUACAGUUUCUGCCUAACGGCUCCCUGUACAUACCAAAGAUUAAGCAUACCAAGGAGGAUUCAGAUGAAGGAUUCUACCAGUGCCUCUCACAGAACAAAUAUGGAGCUAUCCUAAGCCAAAGAUCACGUCUGACUAUCGCAAGUAUCUCAAAGUUUCUGUUGCAUCCCGUGCCUGUGGAGGUGACUGAGGCGUCAGUGGCACGUUUCUCCUGUGCGGUCCCCUCCAGCCCUCCGGCCACCAUCACGUGGGAGCUCAACCAAAGCACAUUGCCACUUCAGACAGACAGAAUUACGGUUCUGCCCAAUGGAGUUCUUCAAAUUCACAAUGUUCAGCUGGAAGAUGCUGGACAGUAUCGAUGUGUGGCAACGAACAUCGGCAGCCGUUUGAAGAGUAGAGAAGCCACGCUGACAGUCAAUCAGGGUGCAGGUCCUAAACCCCGUCAGAGGCCCCGAAUCAUUGCUGGACCUCAGAAUGUCACUGUUUCUCUCCACAAAACUGUGGUGCUGGAGUGUGUUGCCACGGGGAACCCCUGGCCCAUCAUCUCCUGGAGCAGGGCCGACAGUCAACCAAUCGAUGUGUACAAUGCCAAAGUUCUGGGCAACGGGAACCUGGUUAUUACUGAUGUCAGCUCCAAGCACACUGGAGUCUACCUCUGCAGGGCCACCACACCUGGAACCCGCAACUACACUAUUGCUGCAGCCAACGUCACAGUUCUAGAACCGCCAUCCAUUGUCGAGAGGCCUGAGAGCCAGACCCGUCCAAGAGCAGGCACUGCCAGGUUUAUGUGCCAGGCAGAGGGAGUGCCCCUGCCACGCAUCAGCUGGUUGAAAAACGGAGAACAGGUUCACUUAAAUGGGAGGAUCAAAAUGUAUAACAGUAAAUUGGUGAUUACCCAGAUCAUCCCAGAGGAUGACGCCAUCUAUCAGUGCUUGGCAGAGAAUGAACAGGGCUCUGUGCUGUCCUUGGCUCGCCUUAUCGUUGUCAUGUCCGAGGACCGGCCCAGUGCACCAAGAAAUAUCCACGCAGAGACAAUCUCAAGCUCUGCUAUCUUACUGGCCUGGGAGAGGCCGCUCUACAACGCGGACAAAGUCAUUGCCUACUCCAUCCACUACAUGAAGGCUGAAGGGCUCAACAACGAAGAAUACCAAGUUGUCAUCGGCAAUGACACGACCAGUUAUAUCAUCGAUGACCUUGAGCCUGCUCGAAACUACAGCUUUUACAUCGUGGCCUAUAUGCCAAUGGGAGCCAGUCGUAUGUCAGACCAAGUCAGUCAACACACCCUUGAGGAUGUGCCUUUGCGUACCCCAGAGCUAACUCUGACCAGCAGCAGCUCGACAGACAUCCAGGUGAGCUGGCAGCUGCUGCCAGCCAAGCUGAGCCGUGGUCAGGUGUCCGCAUACAGACUUUCCUAUCGCACAGCUUCAGACACCACUGUCAACUCCGUGGCGCUACCUCAGAACAGCACCGAAUAUCUCCUGGAGAGCCUCCAGCCUGACACCAUCUACCUGCUCCGUAUUGCUGCAGCCACCCGCGUGGGCUGGUGUGAGCCUCCAGCCUGGACAUCGCACCGAACACCUAAAGCCUCCAGCAACAAAGUGCCUUCAGCCCCUGUUCUUCAACUUGAGCCGCUUAACUGCACCUGCAUUGUGGCACGCUGGCAAACCUCCACCGAAUCUGUGGCUGUCCAGGGUUACCGGCUGUGUUACCAUGAGGAAGGUCAACCGGAGCAGCCCCACAUCCAGCUGCAGGCUCAAACCAACACGUACACCAUCAGUGGCCUUGAUCCAAGGAGAAAGUAUCAUGUCAAGAUUCUGGCUGUCAGCCAAGGUGGAGAUGGUUAUCAGACAGACCAAACCGUUAGCACUCCAGGAUGUGUGUCGGCGAGAGAACAACCGACAGCCUCCCCGCCACCUCCAGAUCACAUGAUCGUCUUGGCCAAAAAUUCAUCUGCAGUGUCCCUGCGCUGGAGCCGUCCUGCUUUCACCAGUGGAAAGGCUGUUAGCUACACAGUCCGCAUUACACCUGUUGGCACCCACAAUGCCUCUGCCAUACGCUUCAUACAAAUAACCAAACAGAGCGUGAUGGUUCAGAAUCUGGUUGCAAACACUCGCUAUGAGUUUGUUGUGCGUCUCCAUGUGGAAGAGAUGUCGAGUCCCUGGAGUUCAGUUGUUUACCAUCAAACGCUGCCAGCAGCACCCAGCCAACCACCUGUAGGAUUGCGAGUGACUCUGAUCGAAGAAGACACAGCUCUGGUGUCCUGGAGGGAGCCCACGGAGCCCAACAUGGUGGUUACAAAGUACACCAUCCUGUACGCCUCCCAGCAAGCCUGGAUGGCCGGACACUGGCAAAUACUGCAGAGGGAGGGAAGCCACACGAUGGCACUGCUGGAGAAGCUUGAGCCGGGGAACGUCUACGUGGUAAAGAUCUCCGCCUCAAACCAGAUCGGGGACGGGCCUUUCUCGAACAUUGUGGAACUGGUGUUGAAACGGGGAAGCAACCAGCGCAGCAAGAACCCCAGAAACUCAGACAACUUCCCAGACACAGAAGUGUCCUCUGAUGGUCUCUACAACUUAGACCAGAGGUCCAUGACGGGGAUCAUUGUUGGUGUGAGCAUCGCCUUGGCCUGUAUUGUUAUAUGUGCCUUAAUCCUCCUCAGCAAGGGCAGACCCAGAAAAUCCUCCAGUCACAAAGUCAUUGCUGUGGGAGCUGGUGAGGAUCGACGUGCUGGUAUGUCCCUGCCCAGCGAACGCCAUACAGACAAUGUGGAGGCUCAUAUUCCCAUGAUCACUGGUCACUUUUUGGAUCCUAGGGAUGGAUCUAGCAUGGUCGUAAAUGGUGCUGGUCCAGCCAGCAACAAGAAUCAAAGUAACAGGUGGCUGAUCUUCCAGAGGGAGAUCAGAAAUCAAGCUGAAAGUGACGCCGAGAAUAGAGCCAGCUUGUACGAGGCUGGCAAAACCGUUCUGAGGUACGAUGGGAAUUCAAUCUCAGGGCCCCUGUCGCCUUCCUCGCGGGAGAUCAUCUACGGCCCGUUUCACACGGAGAGCUCUCACACCAGCGAGGGCAGCCAAGAGACGGGCGACUCUGGACACUACUCCAACGAAGAGAGCAACGAGGAGAUGAGCAACCCUUCGACGAGUCAGAGCUCCAGACCGGAAUCUUUUGGACCAAACGACGAGGACGCUGUCACUGAGCUGACGCAGUCUUUUCAAGUGGAAAAUGAGAAGAAGCUGAGUCCCCUUCACCGCCCCGCCCCGGAUACCUCGCGGCUCUGCCGCACCCUGGAGGGCUGUCACGUCGUCCUGCACGCUUCCCAAGCGGCCGAAUCGUGACAUCGCCCGGGCCCGCGUCCAUCUCCGCUCACCUGCAGCCGGAACGACACCACUUCUACCUCGUUGGCCUCCCCACUCUGGGGACAUUCCUGAUGCGCACGGGAUCCACAAGUCAGCAGCUGAGACGAAGCGGAGAUGUGCUUUAGCUUCGGACCUACCUCAGGAGUUUGUAUGAAUGUUUGUUAUAACGUUUUUAUUUCCAGUUUCUUUUAUACAACUUUCUACCUGUUUGCCUGUGUUUGGUGGUGUCUGUCCCAAACCAAAGCUCACCCAUGAUGAAUGUUAAAAAGAAUGUCAGAAAUGUACUGUGAUGCAUUUUCAUUAUAUUUAAUUUACUUUCCACUGGAGUGAAGGGCACAGUCGGGCCCUGCUGACUGAUUAUCUACCUCAGUGUUCUGUUCUUGUACAUACAUUACUACCUCCUUUUCACCACAUGUUGUGCAGUAUUAUCUCAGUCUCAGGGGACAAGGUGAAAACAUUUCAUUGCCAUGUCUUGCUACCUCUGUUGGGAGGUUAUUAUCUCAAGGUGGGUGUUUAUCAUUUCAAAUUCUUUUAUUUCAUGUUUGGAGGAGCUUUUGUUUCACAUUGUUUGUCUUUGAAUGGUGUAUGCUGUGAAAACAACAAGUGCAUUAGAUUUUGUCAAACUAUUCGAGCUUUAUCACACUGUAAAGUUUGACACUUUCAAGGCACUGAACUCAAA